CGCGGCCGCGGGGGGCGGCGCUGCGCUGCGCCGCGCUGCGCUCCAGCCCCGACCGGGCCGGGGCCGCUGGAUGCCGCGUCUCGGCGUCUGCUGCCUGGCGGGCGGGCUCCCGCGGCGGCAGCCAGGUGGGAUACAAAGGUCCCAGACUAAGCACUCAUAAUCCUCCGGGGGUGCCACCCCUGAAAACAGCCCCCCACCAUGUUUAACCUCAUGAAGAAGGACAAAGACAAAGAUGGCGGGCGGAAGGAGAAGAAGGAGAAGAAGGAGAAAAAGGAGCGGAUGUCAGCGGCGGAGCUGCGGAGCCUGGAGGAGAUGAGCCUGCGCAGAGGCUUCUUCAACCUGAACCGCUCCUCCAAGCGGGAGUCGAAGACGCGCCUGGAGAUCUCCAACCCCAUCCCCAUCAAGGUGGCCAGCGGCUCUGACCUGCACCUGACGGACAUCGACUCAGACAGCAACCGGGGCAGCAUCAUCCUGGACUCGGGGCACCUCAGCACAGCCAGCUCCAGUGAUGACCUCAAGGGCGAGGAGGGCAGCUUCCGGGGCUCUGUGCUGCAGCGGGCCGCCAAGUUUGGCUCCCUGGCCAAGCAGAACUCGCAGAUGAUCGUCAAGCGCUUCUCGUUCUCCCAGCGGAGCCGGGAUGAGAGCGCCUCGGAGACCUCCACGCCCUCGGAGCACUCGGCCGCCCCGUCCCCGCAGGUGGAGGUCAGGACUCUGGAGGGACAGCUGGCGCAGCAUGCUGGCCCAGGCCUCCCUCGGUCCGGGCCCCGCUCCCGAGUCCCUGAGCUGGUGACCAAAAGGUUCCCGGCUGACCUGCGCUUGCCUGCCGUGGUGCCCCCACCACCCCCUGCCCUCCGGGAGCUAGAGCUGCAACGCCGGCCCACUGGGGACUUUGGCUUCUCCCUGCGUCGCACCACCAUGCUGGACCGGAGCCCCGAGGGUCAGGUGUACCGGCGGGUAGUUCAUUUUGCGGAGCCUGGGGCGGGUACCAAGGACCUGGGCCUGGGACUGGUGCCAGGAGAUCGCCUGGUGGAGAUUAACGGGCACAACGUGGAGAGCAAGUCCCGGGAUGAGAUCGUGGAGAUGAUCCGGCAGUCCGGGGACAGCGUGCGGCUCAAGGUGCAGCCCAUCCCGGAGCUCAGUGAGCUGAGCCGGAGCUGGCUGCGGAGCUGUGGGGGGCCCCGCAGGGAGCUGGCGGAGCUGGACCCUGAGGCCGCCUCUCCUGUGCACAGCCAGGUAGGGUCCUCCCGUCCCCCUCAGGAACCCUCUGCUUCCUGCAGUGACCGCGCGCCACCUCUGGCCUGUAUCUGGGCUGGUGUCUGUGCUCAGACCUCGUGCUGGAGUGUGAAGACUGAGGAGCAGAUCGCGGCGGAGGAGGCCUGGCACGAGACGGAGAAGGUGUGGCUGGUCCAUAAGGAUGGCUUCUCUCUGGCCUGUCAGCUCAAGUCCGAGCAGCUCAGCCUGCCCGAGGGGAAGGUGCGCGUGAAGCUGGACCACGAUGGCGCCAUCUUGGACGUGGAUGAGGAUGACGUGGAGAAGGCGAAUGCCCCGUCCUGCGACCGCCUGGAAGACCUGGCCUCGCUGGUGUACCUCAACGAGUGCAGCGUCCUGCACACGCUGCGCCAGCGCUGUGGGGCCGGCCUGCCGCACACCUACGCGGGCCCCAGCCUGCUGCUGCUCAGCCCCCGGGGCGCCCCCGCCAUGUACUCCGAGAAGGUGAUGCACAUGUUCAAGGGAUGUCGGCGGGAGGACAUGGCCCCCCACAUCUACGCCGUGGCGCAGACCGCCUACCGGACCAUGCUGAUGAGCCGCCAGGACCAGUCCAUCGUCCUCCUGGGCGGGAGUGGCAGCGGCAAGACCACCAGCUGCCAACACCUGGUGCAAUACCUGGCGACCAUCGCCGGUGCCAACAAAGUGCUUACAGUGGACAAGUGGCAGGCUCUGUCCACGCUCCUGGAGGCCUUCGGGAACAGCCCCAGCGCCAUGAACAGCAACGCCACCCGCUUCUCCCACAUCCUCUCCCUGGACUUCGACCAAGCCGGCCAGGUGGCCUCGGCCUCCAUCCAGACUAUGCUCCUGGAGAAGCUGCGUGUAGCUCGGCGCCCAGCCGGCGAGGCCACGUUCAACGUCUUCUACUACCUGCUGGCCUGUGGGGACAACACCCUCAGGACAGAGCUCCACCUGAACCACCUGGCCGAGAACAGUGUGUUUGGAAUCGUGCCCCUGGCCAAGCCCGAGGAGAAGCAGAAGGCGACGCAGCAGUUCAGUAAGCUGCAGGCGGCCAUGAAGGUGCUGGGCAUCUCCCCUGACGAGCAGAGAGUCUGCUGGCUCCUCCUGGCCGCCAUCUACCACCUGGGCGCGGCAGGUGCCACCAAAGAAGCUGCUGAAGCUGGACGCAAACAGUUUGCUCGCCACGAGUGGGCCCAGAAGGCCGCCUACCUGUUGGGCUGCAGCCUGGAGGAGCUCUCCUCGGCCAUCUUCAAGCACCAGCUCAAAGGGGGCACCCUGCAGCGUUCUACCUCCUUCCGCCAGGGCCCCGAGGAAAGCGGCCUGGGAGAUGGCACAGGACCCAAACUGAGUGCGCUCGAGUGCUUAGAAGGCAUGGCGUCUGGUCUGUACAGCGAGCUCUUCACCCUCCUCAUCUCCCUGAUAAACAGGUCUCUGAAGUCCAGCCAGCACUCACUCUGCUCUAUGAUGAUCGUGGACACUCCGGGCUUCCAGAACCCCGAGCAGGGUGGGUCGGCCCGAGGGGCCUCCUUCGAGGAGCUGUGCCACAACUACACCCAGGACCGGCUGCAGAGACUCUUCCACGAGCGCGCCUUCCUGCAGGAGUUGGAAAGAUACAAGGAGGAGAACAUCGAGGUGGCAUUUGACGACAUGGAGCCGGCCACUGACACCUCUGUGGCUGUGAUGGACCAAGCUUCCCAUCAGUCCCUGGUCCGCUCGCUGGCUCGCACCGAGGAGGCCAGGGGCCUGCUGUGGCUGCUGGAGGAGGAGGCGCUGGUGCCGGGGGCCACGGAGGACUCCCUCCUGGAGCGCCUUUUCUCCUACUAUGGCCCCCAGGAAGGUGACAGAAAAGGCCAGAGCCCCCUCUUGCGCAGUGGCAAACCACACCAUUUCCUCCUGGGCCACAGCCACGGCACCAACUGGGUGGAGUACAACGUGGCCGGCUGGCUGAGCUACGCCAAGCAGAACCCCGCCGCCCAGAACGCCCCCCGGCUCCUGCAGGACUCCCAGAAGAAGAUCAUCAGCAACCUGUUUCUGGGUCGGGCCGGCAGCGCCACGGUGCUGUCAGGCUCCAUCGCAGGCCUGGAGGGCGGCUCGCAGCUGGCACUGCGCCGGGCCACCAGCAUGCGCAAGACCUUCACCACGGGCAUGGCGGCGGUCAAGAAGAAGUCCCAGUGCAUCCAGAUUAAGCUGCAGGUGGAUGCCCUCAUCGACACCAUCAAGAAGUCGAAGCUGCAUUUCGUGCACUGCUUCCUGCCCGUGGCGGAGGGCCGGGCCGGGGAGCCGCGUGCCGCCUCCUCCCGCCGGGUCAGCAGCAGCAGCAGCAGCGAGCUGGACCUGCCCCCCGGGGAGCCCUGUGAGGCCGGCCUCCUGCAGCUCGACGUGCCCCUGCUCCGGGCCCAGCUCCGGGGCUCCCGCCUGCUGGACGCCAUGCGCAUGUACCGCCAAGGUUACCCCGACCACAUGGUAUUCUCCGAGUUCCGCCGCCGCUUCGACGUCCUGGCCCCACACUUGACCAAGAAGCACGGGCGCAACUACAUCGUGGUGGACGAACGGCGGGCUGUGGAGGAGCUGCUGGAGUGCUUGGACCUGGAGAAGAGCAGCUGCUGCAUGGGCCUGAGUCGGGUGUUUUUCCGCGCGGGCACGCUGGUGCGCCUGGAGGAGCAACGGGACGGGCAGACCAGGAGGAACCUCACGCUGUUCCAGGCGGCCUGCAGGGGCUACCUGGCCCGCCAGCACUUCAAGAAGAGAAAGAUCCAGGACCUGGCCAUCCGCUGUGUGCAGAAGAACAUCAAGAAGAACAAAGGGGUGAAGGACUGGCCCUGGUGGAAGCUGUUCACCACUGUGCGGCCCCUCAUCGAGGUGCAGCUGUCCGAGGAGCAGAUCCGGAACAAAGACGAGGAGAUCCAGCAGCUGAAGAGCAAGCUUGAGAAGGUGGAGAAGGAAAGGAAUGAGCUCCGGCUCAACAGCGAUCGGCUGGAAACCCGGAUCUCAGAGCUGACAUCGGAGCUGACCGAUGAGCGUAACACGGGAGAGUCCGCCUCGCAGCUGCUGGACGCCGAGACCGCAGAGCGGCUCCGGGCUGAGAAGGAGAUGAAGGAGCUGCAGACCCAGUACGAUGCACUGAAGAAGCAAAUGGAGGUGAUGGAGAUGGAGGUGAUGGAGGCGCGUCUCAUCCGGGCCGCCGAGAUCAACGGGGAAGUGGAUGAUGAUGACGCAGGCGGCGAGUGGCGGCUGAAGUACGAGCGAGCUGUGCGCGAGGUGGACUUCACCAAGAAGCGGCUCCAGCAGGAGUUCGAGGACAAGCUGGAGGUGGAGCAGCAGAGCAAGAGGCAGCUGGAGAGGCGGCUCGGGGACCUACAAGCGGAUGGCGAGGAAAGCCAGCGGGCGCUGCAGCAGCUCAAGAAGAAAUGCCAGCGGCUGACGGCCGAGCUGCAGGACACCAAGCUGCACCUGGAGGGCCAGCAGGUCCGCAACCACGAGCUGGAGAAGAAGCAGCGGAGGUUCGACAGCGAGCUCUCACAGGCGCAUGAGGAGACCCAGAGGGAGAAGCUGCAGCGGGAGAAGUUGCAGCGGGAGAAGGACACGCUCCUGGCCGAGGCUUUCAGCCUGAAGCAGCAGCUGGAGGAAAAAGACAUGGACCUGGCAGGAUUCACCCAGAAAGUUGUCUCCCUGGAGGCUGAGCUCCAAGACAUUUCUUCCCAAGAGUCCAAGGAUGAGGCGUCUCUGGCCAAAGUCAAGAAGCAGCUCCGAGACCUGGAGGCCAAGGUGAAGGACCAGGAAGAGGAGCUGGAUGAGCAGGCGGGGACCAUCCAGAUACUGGAGCAGGCCAAGCUGCGGCUGGAGAUGGAGAUGGAGCGGAUGAGACAGACACAUUCCAAGGAGAUGGAAAGCCGGGAUGAGGAGGUGGAAGAGGCACGGCAGUCCUGUCAGAAGAAGUUGAAGCAGAUGGAAGUGCAGCUGGAGGAAGAAUAUGAGGAGAAGCAGAAGGUGUUGCGGGAGAAGCGGGAGCUGGAGAGCAAACUCGGCCUGCUCAGCGACCAGGUGAACCAGAGAGACUUUGAGUCCGAGAAGCGGCUCCGGAAGGACCUGAAGCGCACCAAGGCCCUGCUGGCCGAUGCCCAGAUUAUGCUGGACCACCUGAAGAACAACGCGCCCAGCAAGCGGGAGAUCGCGCAGCUCAAGAACCAGCUGGAGGAGUCCGAGUUCACCUGUGCGGCUGCCGUGAAGGCCCGGAAGGCCAUGGAGGUGGAGAUCGAAGACCUGCACCUGCAGAUUGACGACAUCGCCAAAGCCAAGACAGCGCUGGAGGAGCAGCUGAGCCGCCUUCAGCGUGAGAAGAACGAGAUCCAGAACCGACUGGAAGAGGAUCAGGAGGACAUGAAUGAGCUGAUGAAGAAGCACAAGGCGGCUGUGGCUCAGGCUUCCCGGGACCUGGCUCAGAUGAACGAUCUCCAGGCUCAGUUAGAAGAAGCCAACAAGGAGAAGCAGGAGCAACAGGAAAAGCUACAAGCCCUGCAGAGCCAGGUUGAGUUCCUGGAACAGUCAAUGGUGGACAAGUCCCUGGUUAGCCGCCAGGAAGCGAAGAUUCGGGAGCUGGAGACGCGCCUGGAGUUUGAGAAGACCCAAGUGAAGCGGCUCGAGGGUCUAGCCGGUCGGCUCAAGGAAAACAUGGAGAAGUUGACUGAGGAGCGGGACCAGCGCACGGCUGCUGAGAACAGAGAGAAGGAGCAAAACAAAAGGCUCCAGAGGCAGCUCCGGGACACCAAGGAGGAGAUGGGCGAGCUUGCCAGGAAGGAGGCCGAGGCCAGUCGCAAGAAGCAUGAGCUGGAGAUGGAUCUGGAAAGUCUGGAGGCAGCUAACCAGAGCCUGCAAGCUGAUCUCAAACUGGCGUUUAAGCGCAUUGGGGACCUGCAGGCCGCCAUCGAGGAUGAGAUGGAGAGCGAUGAAAACGAGGACCUCAUCAACAGUUUGCAGGACAUGGUGACAAAGUAUCAGAAAAGAAAGAAUAAACCUGAGGGCGACUCAGACGUGGACUCAGAGGUGGAAGAUCGGGUCGAUGGGGUCAAGUCAUGGCUGUCGAAAAACAAAGGGUCUUCCAAGGCCACGUCCGACGACGGCAGCAUGAAGAGCCCCAGCCCCAGCAGCAACUGGAAGUCCCCUGCCCCUGACCGAUCCGACGACGAGCACGAGCCCCUGGACGGCACCUCCAGGUCCCGCUACGCCCACAACUAUCUGAGUGACAGCGACACAGAGGCCAGGCCCACAGAGACACAAGCAUAGCUCAAGGGAGCAGUCCAUGCUGGUCCUGCCCUCGGCGACUGCCCCUCCCAGGAAAUGGGGAUGGGGGGCAGGGGCAGAGGCCCCCCCCACCUGAUUGUGGAACUGCAUGGGGGAUACUGAGCCUCUUCCCAGUGUCUGAUGUCUUCUAGUGGGGACCCUGGGGGUGGUGGGGAGGGCAAGAGGAGUUUUGGAAAAGAGAACUUAGCUCCUCUGCCUCCGAAAUAUCAUGCUCUCGGCUUCUCCCUUGGGCCACUGAGGGCAGCAGUGGGUGGCCUGCCCCUGCGCGGAGUGGAGUCACAGUAAGUCGCUCGUCUCAGCCCCCUGCUCAGGGACCGUGGACUGGUUGCCUGCUGGGACAUUCUAGGUUGCUGGGUCCAUGAGGGGGCGUGGGGGAUGGGCACCGCCGUCCCUCCCCGAUGACUUGGGGCGAAGGCUUUCUCUUCUCAGUGCCUGCUGUCUUUUUACUUCUUAACUUAAAUACCGAACCUCUCCAUCACAGCUGCAUCGGGGGGGCAGGGGGGUCUGGGAGGGACUAGGGGCAACCUCAUCUCGCUCCAUGCUUUGGAGAACAAUCCUUCCUCUGUGCAGCUGAGGGGGCCCUGUAAGCAGAGCGGGGUCCCGUUCUUAAGAGGCAGCAUGGGGGGGCGCCUCAGGUGCUUCUUGGCUUUGGGUUCAGUGCACCCACACAGAUGGGGGUGCCCACAAACCACCCAGGCUUCCAGCCCCCACCCCUCUUCUCUCAUCAAUGUGCUAAGUGCAAUGAGCUAUUUAAGAGUAAACCUGUCCCGGGGCUGGAGCGAUAGCACAGCGGGUAGGGCAUUUGCCUUGCACGCGGCCGACCCGGGUUCGAUUCCCAGCAUCCCAUAUGGUCCCCUGAGCACCGCCAGGCGUGAUUCCUGAGUGCAGAGCCAGAAGUAACCCCUAAGCAUUGCUGGGUGUGACCCAAAAAGCAAAAAAAAAAAAAGAGUAAACCUGUCCCCACUAGGCUGAUCGGGGGUUGUCCAAGCACUGCCCCACUGCCCUUCUGCCCCUCUGGCCUGCACCCAAGCUGAGCCCAAGAGGGGAGGCAGGGCCAGAGGGCCGUGAGCAGGACUAAAGAUGGGGUUUCCAUCAGCGCGCGUGUGUGUGAGACGCGAGUCCUCUCCCUGUGUCCUGAACCUGUGUCAUUUUUCUCCCUAGUCCCCGCUCUGUUCCCCACCACCACUCAUCCCAGACCUGACAAUAUGUGGCCUGAAGGUCCCCCACACAUACCGAAGUCAUCCCAGCACCACCAGACUUGGGGGCCCAAGGGCAGUGCCUGGUGCCGCUCCCAUGUGCUGUCCCCUCCCUCCUCUUCUCCUGCAUUUGGUUUAUACUCACUGGGCUGUGCUCGCGCCCCUGUCUCCCUGAUGUAUGGAAAUAAAUGUCCUUUUCCUCCUGA